ACUAAAAUAACCUCUCCUCCUUCUGAAGCUUUCCAAAAUGGUGUUUUCCGGUAAAAAUCAGACACACACUCUCCUCUUCUUCCUCACUCUCUCUCUCCUCACCCUCUACGCUCUCCACCACCGCCACCGCCACCCCUUCCCCUCCCCCUCCUCCCCCGCCGCCACCCUAUUCCUCUCCUCCGGCAGCAACUCCACCGUCGCGGCCUACCUCCGUCAACUCACCCUCCGCCCCCACCUCGCCGGCACCCCCCUCUCCCUCUCCACCGCCCUCUACGUCCUCAAUCAGUUCCGGUCCCUCGGCCUCCCCGCCCACACCGCCAACUUCUCCGCCCUCCUCUCCUACCCUUCCCACUCCUCCCUCUCCGCGCAUUUCAGCAACGGCUCCAUCUUCAACUUCGCCAUCUCCGAGCCCUCCGCCCCAAACGACGUCGUCCCGCCCUACCACGCCUACUCCCCCUCCGGCUCCGCCCACGCCCCCGCCGUCUUCCUCAACUGCGGGAGCGAGCGGGACUACCUCGCCCUCGCGGCAAGCGGCGUCGAUGUCAGGGGAUGCGUGGGGCUGCUGCGGCGCGGCUGCGGGCUCUCGCGGCACGAGGCGGCGGCGAAUGCGGCGGCGCGAGGGGUGGCGGCGGUGCUGAUGUACACGGAGGGGGGGUUUAAGGAAGGGGUGGAGAGGGGCACUGUUAUGGAGGGAUUGGGGGACCCGCUCAGGGCCGGCGGGGAGAGGCUUGAGGAGGGUGAUCCCAGGGUGGUAAGGAGGUUUCCUGGUAUUCCGUCGAUGCCGCUGUCGGAGGCGGCGGCGGAGAGGAUUUUGGGGUCGCUGGAGGGGGCGAGGAUGCCCCUUGAGUGGAGGGAGAGUUUUGGGACUGGAAAUAGUACAAGGUUUUGGGGUGUGGGGCCCGGACCGACCAUGCUCAAUUUUACAUACCAGGGUAAGCAAAAGAUGGAAACCAUCCACAAUGUAUUUGCUGUGAUAAAGGGAUCGGAGGAAGCUGAUCGAUACGUGCUCCUAGGCAACCAUCGAGAUGCUUGGACUUACGGCGCUGUUGACCCUAACAGCGGCACUGCUGCUCUACUUGACAUUGCUCGACGUCUUUCACUUCUCAUGCGAUCAGGUUGGCGUCCUAGACGAACCAUCAUUCUUUGCAGCUGGGAUGCCGAAGAAUUUGGGAUGAUUGGUUCCACCGAGUGGGUAGAGCAGAACCUUCUGAAUCUUGGCUCGAAAGCAGUGGCCUAUUUUAAUGUGGACUGUGCGGUGCAAGGGCCUGGUUUGUUCGUUAGUGCUACUCCUCAGCUCGAUGAUCUUUUCGUUGAGGUAACAAAACAGGUUAAAGAUCCGGAUUCGGAUAAUGAGUAUGUGUAUGAACGAUGGGUAGCUGCCAACAGAGGUGUUAAUCAGAUUCAGAGACUGAGCAGAGUUGAUUCAGAUUUCGCUUCGUUUUUGCAGCAUGCCGGGGUUGCUUCUAUUGAUUUAUAUUUUGGAAUAGAUUUUCCAGCUUAUCACACUGCAUUCGACUCGUAUGAUUGGAUGAUGAAUUUUGGAGACCCCUUGUUUCAUCGGCACGUGGCAGUGGCAGGAAUAUGGGGGCUCGUCGCUCUUCGAUUGGCUGAUGAUCCGAUCCUGCCUUUCAACUACAUUUCUUAUGCCACUGAAUUGCAGGAUUUUCGAUUGUGGCGUUUUGCUAAUUUGACUGCCUUGCAGAAGUAUAAAAAUGCUCUGAGCACUUUGUUGGGAGAAUCCAUCUCUCUGGAUCCUAUCACUGCUGCUAUCCAAGAAUUCACAACGGCUGCAUAUGGAACCGAUGAAGAAAUCAAGAAACUGAGGGUGGAUGGAAGCAAGGAUGUAUCGACACUACUCAGGAGGCGCGCUCUAAAUGAUCGACUGAUGCUUGCAGAAAGAGGCUUCUUAGAUCCGGAGGGACUCCCCGGAAGGCAAUGGUUGAAGCACCUGAUUUAUGGGCCUUGUGGGGAUACGGAAAGCAAAAUCGAAUUCUUUCCUGGAAUAGCGGAUUGCAUAUCUGAAUAUCGGGAGAGGAGAGGCGAGGAGGCGAGGAUUAGGCACGAGAUCUGGAGAGUCUCGAGGGCCAUCCAGAGAGCAGCCUCAGCUUUGAGAGGUGAACUCACAUGAAACACUCAGAUAUGAAAAGGAGAAGUAUAUCUAACUCCUUUACUUGUAUUUUAGUAUGAUCAAAUGAAUAGAGUUAAAAUGGGGAAGUAAAAACUGAAUAGUGGCAUCUGUGUCUCCCUAUAUAAUAAAUGUGUAAAUACGCCCCUCACAUAUGUACCAAAGUAUUUGUAUGUUCGAAAACUAUUUUUCACCAUUUAUAGUAGACGAAUUGCUCC